GCUUUAUCUAAAUAAGACCCCUUUCCCUCAUUUCUCCCUCAGUCUUUGAAAAAUGACGAGCAAUCUUCCAAAAUGGAUGUCCAGAAGCUUCUGGAGUUAGGCCAGAAACAGAGGGAAGAAAUGAAGUCUCUCCAGGAGGCCCUGCAGAAUCAGCUUAGAGAGACAUCUGAGAAAGCGGAGAAACAUCAGGCCACAAUUAAUUUUCUGAAGACUGAAGUGGAAAGGAAAAGCAAAAUGAUCCGUGACUUACAGAAUGAGGUAAUUUUCAUGUUACAUGAAAACUGUACAUUAAUCAAAUAUUACAAAAAAAUACACAUAUGAAUUUACC